GCUUUAUGAGAACAGAAAAGGCUGUUGGUAUUGUUUUUUCCUCCCUUCUAUGGUUAUAAUGGUGGAUGUAUGGACAGUUGCACAGAACCCAGGUUGACAACAGAAAACAACCUGCCAGCCCGACACCGUGAUUAUUUCAGUCUCCUGCAUUGCACCAUGACCUUGGACGUACAAACGGUGGUUGUAUUUACCGUGGUCGUGGUGCUGGUGAUUGUGAACGUCAUUUUAAUGUUCUUCUUGGGUUCUCGUUAAAUGGAUUUUUUUCGCUUGGGCCAGUGUUUGCCUGCCUGCGCUGAGAUUCAUACGGCAAUUAUACAGUGGAAGUGAGGGAGCGAGUGCGCGUUCACUCUGAGCGGGGGGACUCCCAGCGCUCCGACAUGGCCACACAGUGAUAUGAAUGACGUUGUUGAUUAGCGGAGGUUCAAUCGUCAGUGCCGAGGCAGUAUGGGAUCACGUUACCAUGGCCGACCGAGAGUUGGCGUUUAAGGCGGGGGACGUCAUCAAGGUCCUGGAUGCUUCCAACAAGGACUGGUGGUGGGGACAAAUCGACGAUGAAGAGGGAUGGUUUCCGGCCAGCUUUGUGAGGGUUGAACCUCACCCUCCUCAACCUCAAACAAAACAAGUUUUCUAUAUCAACCCCAUAGCAACUCCACGGUUCCAAAACACAGCUUCAAAGCUAUGGGUGAACCAGGAGGAUGGUGCUGCGGAGCCAGCGGAGGGCACCAGCGAGGUACAGAAUGGCCACCUGGACCCUGGCAAUGACUGCCUCUGUCUGGGCCGGCCGCUUCAGAACCGGGACCAGAUGAGGGCCAACGUCAUCAACGAAAUCAUGAGCACAGAGAGGCACUACAUCAAACACCUGAAGGACAUCUGUGAGGGCUAUCUGAGGCAGUGCAGGAAGAGAAGAGACAUGUUCAAUGAUGACCAGCUGAAAGUCAUAUUUGGGAAUAUCGAGGACAUCUACAGAUUUCAAAUGGGGUUUGUUCGAGACCUGGAGAAGCAGUACAAUACUGAGGAACCUCAUCUUAGCGAAAUUGGACCUUGUUUCUUGGAACACCAAGACGGUUUCUGGAUCUACUCGGAGUACUGCAACAACCACCUGGACGCCUGCAUGGAGCUGUCCAAGCUGAUGAAGGACGGGCGCUACCAGCACUUCUUUGAGGCCUGCCGGCUCCUGCAGCAGAUGAUCGACAUCGCCAUCGACGGCUUCCUGCUGACGCCCGUGCAGAAGAUCUGCAAGUACCCGCUUCAGCUGGCCGAGCUGCUGAAGUACACUGCCCAGGAGCAUAGUGACUACCGCUAUGUGGCCGCAGCCCUGGCUGUCAUGAGGAAUGUCACCCAGCAGAUCAACGAGAGGAAGAGGAGGCUGGAGAACAUCGAUAAGAUUGCGCAGUGGCAAGCCUCCGUCCUGGACUGGGAGGGGGACGACAUUUUGGACAGGAGCUCAGAGCUGAUUUACACUGGUGAGAUGUCAUGGAUUUACCAACCAUAUGGGAGGAGUCAACAAAGAGUCUUCUUCCUGUUUGACCACCAAAUGGUCCUAUGUAAAAAGGACUUGAUACGCAGAGACAUCCUGUACUACAAGGGCCGCAUCGACAUGGACCGGUACGAGGUGGUCGAUGCAGACGAGGGCCGGGACGAGGACUUCAACGUCAGCGUGAAAAAUGCAUUCAAGCUGCAAAACAAGGACACGGAGGAGGUGCACCUCUUCCUCGCCAAGAAGCUUGAGGAAAAGAUUCGGUGGCUCAGAGCUUUUCAUGAAGAGCGCAAGAUGGUGCACGAAGAUGAAAAAAUAGGCUUUGAAAUAUCUGAGUACCAGAAGCGGCAGGCUGCCAUGACUGUACGGAAAGUGACCAAACAGAAAGAUUCGUUUGUAGAUAUCAUCUUGAGAAAGAUGGACAAUUUAUAUGGACAUGGUGUAGGCCAAAGCAGAUCCAUGCCCCCUUCAUAUCCACCUCCCCAGGACCCCAUGAACCCAGGACAGUACAUGGUACCGGAUGGCUCACAAUCCCAGGUCUUUGAAUUUCAUGAGCCCAGGAGGAGCCAGUCUCCUUUCUGGCAGAACUUCAGCAGGUUAACGCCUUUUAAAAAAUAGAGGAACUCUAGAGGACAUUUUUAGAAAGACCACCUUAUUUUUUGAGAAGCACUAUAUGACAAAUGAUCUAUUAAGACACAAAGAAAAAAAAAAACAAAGAGGAAAAAAGGACCAAUGACAUUUGGAAUGCUGUCAAUUUGCAAAAUUCCAUCUUGCCUGACGGCCAACAAUUACUACCACUGUUACUUGUACUACUGCUUCUACAGCAACUACUACUGUAUUACUUCUAGUACUACUAUUACUACUACUACUACUCCUGCUACUUCUACUACUACAGCUACAGCACCUGAUCAUUUGAUCCUGUACAAAAAGAGAAAGAAUUUACAUAUUUGACCAAAUCACCUGCAAAUCUCCUGCUUUGUAAAGAUUGUGUUAUUUUAUUGUUUUGGCUUUACCCUCAAACUGGAAUUUAACAGUGAGUACCAUAUUCUUGAGCACAAACUGAGUAAACAAAUGCUCUUCAGUGGAAGAAGAAAAAAAACUAUAAGUAACUACCAUUCACUGGUUGUGCCAUAACAGGAUCCACCCUGUUUGUUCACUGUGAUGUCAGUGGACAUGUCAGGUGGUCUCUCUUAUCAUUGUUCCUGUGCUUUGCACUGUCUGCCAGUGUUACCCUCUGUCAACGAAAGCUGGUUUAUCCGGCCAAUCAUUCAGCAGGGUUUCGACUGGCAAAAUUUAUAUUCCUGUGUUCUCCUGAUUGCUGCAUGUUUAAGUCUGUUCACCUGCAGUUACAUAACAUGCCAAGGUAUUUUUGUUGGUUGAUGGAAGAAAUCAGAAUCGGUAACUCCAGUUUAAUGCUGUUGACAGGGUAUUUAUUUCUUGUGGACCAGAGUAACUUUUUUGUUGCAUGUGUUAAAGUACUUUCAGUUUGAGCAACAAUUUUAACUUUUCAGAAUAUUAUUUGUAAUCGUUUUCAAAUCAUAUAGCCCAGAAGGGCCCUAAGUGACAGGGUUUAUAACCAUAUUAAUUUCAAAAUCAGUUGUUAAAUCAUUUUAGUUAUUUUAUGGACGUUUGUGUCAUAAAACAAUCAUUGCUAUGAAAAGGCAGUUACAUUAAUGGUGCUCACCAAGUGUCAUCAUUUUAUCAACUUGAAAAAAAAAACAUAUUUCUAAACAAGUACACUGUAAUACAGUAAAUCCAGAAUAACAUAACUGAUAAAUGCACAGGUAUCCAAAUGAAAGUUCUAGAGCAAAAUGUGACGAGAGAAGACCACUGUGUUGUUGGUUCAUUGGCUAAUAGGGACUUGACCUUGAACUGAAUUGAAAUGCUGAAUUUGUUCUGUGCUGUUGGUGCACAAAAGCCAGCAUGCCCUUUGGGGGCAGUUGUCUCUUCUUCCUUAAAGCUCAGCAGUUUGCUUCAUUGGCAUUUCUACCCCGUGUCCACACCCCAUACUCCAUAAACAACACCCCAUGAAAAAUGGCAAGAAGAAAUCUGUCAAUAGAUCUUUUAUGUCAAUACAGUGCAGAUUAUCAUGUACUUGACCUGCCAAAACUGCAGACAAAGAUCAUAAAACAUGAUACUGACUUAUUUUCAUUAACAUGUAACAUACUGCAGCAUGCACAACCGGUACAUAAAUUAUAACGUAACAAUCUCAUAAAUGAAUGUGGACAAUUAAAAAUAUUUUCAGUUUUUACAGGGUCACCGGUAUAGAAUUACAACUGAUAUUAAGUCAUGUCCCUGCAGAAGUUAGUGUGAUAACUUACAGCGCUAAUUCAUAAGUAUAGCAUCCUUAGAGGUUGGUUGAAAUUCAUCAUUUCAAAUCAUUUCAAAAAGGUAGAAAGCAUAUGGAAACAUACUAAGUUUCUAGGUUUGUGAGUGUGUAUCAUGACUCCCUCCAUAUCCCAUGAGAAGUUUUUUCAAUCCUGAUGCUCUUGAAAGCAUUCUCAAAGCAGGGUGUGUCUGAUGUGAUUGCACUGGGUUUUGCUCAUAGCGAAUGGAAACCUCAGGUUUAGAUUUGAACAUUGCUGCAUGCUAUCAGAUUCCAGAUUUAAAGACAUACAUGCCAUCUAACAGUGCCUUCUAGCAUUUUACUAGUGAUGUUUAAUUGAAUUAUCGAGACAGUAAUAAACACGUUUCACAUUUGCUCUCUGCACAUUGACUCUGUCUACACAGUUCAAUGCCCAGUGUUAGUUCAACUCUUACAGAGAACAUGUGAGUCCAGUUGGGACCAUAUGCACUCUGUAAGAGUUGAUUUAAUGCCGAGCAUUUACAGUGUACAUACAUCUUCCUUUGUCACAAUCAUAAUUUAUAAUUAUUCAUAUUUCAAGACAUAUGUGAAAUCAGAUGUGGAGCAUUGUGUUUGGGCGAUAUCACUUUGACAAAUACUUGGAUAAAUUUCUGGCCAUCAAAAUUCUGGCCAUCAAUUGUUUAAAUAACGCCGCUACACUGCCGUCAAGGAUGAAUGGGUGACCAUUGUGAGACCUGUGUAGUGGGCUUUGUCAUUAACUUUGUGCUACGAAUUUCCUAAAUUAUGGGUAUUUUUUUCUAAAUUAAUAUUUUGGUUCUUGUGAGCAACUGGCAAACUUAUGCUGCUGUUUAAGGAAGGAAAGAAAAGUAACUUGUACUAAUUAUUUUUUUUCUCACUAUCAAGGAAUGAUUUAGGUUUUGACUGGUAAGUUUCUGAAAUGUAUUUAUUUAUCUAAAAUGUUUGUUUCUGAGAAACUUGCAGAACCCAACACAAUGGAAUUUUGUGAAAGUUGCCAUGACAGUACUGUUUGAAAGAUCCUACACAGAAUCCAUUUGAGUUUAUGUCCAGCAGAAAGACCAGUACACUACAGACUCCUGCCAGAAAAUGGGACAGUGGGAAAACUGUAUUGACAACCAUUAUCUUAAACUAGCAGCUACACCAUGUACAUAUUGUAAAUAUGACAGAUCAUAUAUUUAAAUAUUGGUAUUUUAAGUAUGAGACAGAUAUUAUUUAAGUUAUAUGCUAGGUUUUGUUUUCAAGUGGACGCAUGUUAAUGGCAUCAAAGGUUCUGCAUGACACAAGAAACUAUCAGAUUUUAUGUUUUCUUAGGUUUUUCAGGAGGGGGAUUUCACUUACGUGUUUUCUGUUUAUGAUUUGAGAAAAAAAAACAUGCUCCUGCAAAAUGGGUUUCUCAGCUGUUUCCACGAGACUUAAAAAAGGGCAUGUUGCUUGUUGCUUUGCACACAGUGCACAUCGCUGUCUUUUGAUUAGUCUGAUGGCCUCUUGUCGUGACCAAUCAGAGAUAAGUGCUUGUCACAUGCAGAGCAAAACAACACACCCCUUUCAAUAGCUAUGGUUCCACCAGCAUGAAUUUAUGUAACUUUUGAAUGUGGCUGUCAACUUCAUGAAAACAAUCAACCUUAGCCUUUUCACUAAGUUGACAGUUUGGGAAAAUAGAAAAUUACUGGCUUUUAUUACACACUGAAGCAAAUGGAAACAGUUGAAAUUUGCACAAAACCCACACUGCAUCAAGCAGUCAGUCAUUUGGAAACACCUUUUUUUUUGCUCUCCAAAGAAAAUUAGUUAAUGUUCAAAUGUAUCUUUUAAACUUACACAGCUCAUGUUGCAGUUGUAUUACAGUAGUCACGCCCUUCAGAUUGAUGGCUCCACCCUAAAUAAAAAAAUACAAUACUUUUUUCUCAAAUCAAAAUACAGCCUAAAAAGAAAAAUUAUAUCCCAGAUUGUCCUUUUCUUAACACUAAACCCCUCCCUCCAAAUAGACACAACAUACCCUACCACAUGUCAGUCACAGGUAGUUACUAGUGUGUGACAGCUACAAUUAAUGUUUUCCUUUACAAAUGGGGAGGCAACCAGUCUAUGUAAAUGUGUUGGUGUAUUCAGAAGCACUGGGAAUAUGUUCUGUAUUGAUGUAAAAAGUGCAUUUUAUUUGAUGAACAUCAAUUGUAAUUAAUUGUAAUUAUCAUUGUAAUUAAGAGCACUGUAUUCUGAAUUGUGGUGUCAGUUGGGACAUUAUAACACAGUCUUCUGUAACACGUACUUAUACUUUAUACUUAAACUGUGCCACCUACCAGCUGCAUAGCUGCUUUUGCACUGUAACAAUUCAUGGCAGAAGUACAAACAAAUAAAUGAAAGAGUAGGUUUUACUGGGAAGCAAACACAUUUAGUAAGAAGUCAUUUCAUUUUUGUGUAAUACUGUUCCUUUCUUUAAUAUACAGAAUAUGUCUUCUGAGUUGUUUGGUUUCUCUUCAGACCUCAGGAGAGCUGAGAGUUCAUUCUAUGUUUGAAGUCCCUCCCCCUGUCUCUUUCUCCGUUGAGACCCUAUUAAAUGCACUUUGAAUCCGGUGAAUGAAAUGUGUAUUUCUGUUGAAAUGUAAACUGGGUUGUUUGACCACCUUGGGGUUUAAUGUUCAUGUCCAUCUUUGUAAUUUUCCACUUGACGCUUUAUCCCACCACUGUUUCUGAAGAGGGAAAGUCCAAUUAAAAUGUUUAUCUUAA